GGAUGUGGUGAUCCCGGCCUCAGAGCUAGCCACGCACCCAGCUCCUCGGAGCGCGCUCAGACGAGCGCCCAGGCCGUGGUUCCCGGGAGGGCGAGCAGGCGCUGCGGGCUCCCCCGCUCCCCGCGGCUCCCCGCACUCGUGCGGGCCAUGCGCCCGGGCUAGAGCAUAGCCGCAGGCAUGCUGUUCCUACGGCUGCUCGCCGCGUUCAGCCUCGCCGCCUACCCGGCGCCCGCGCUCGCCUGCCAGCUGCCCUCGGAGUGGAGACCCCUGAGCGAGGGCUGCCGCGCUGAGUUGGCAGAGACCAUCGUGUAUGCCAAGGUGCUGGCGCUGCACCCCGAGGUGCCCGGCCUCUACAACUACCUCCCGUGGCAGUACCAAGAUGGAGAGGGAGGGCUCUUCUACUCCGCGGAGGUGGAGAUGCUGUGUGACCAGGCGUGGGGCAGUAUGCUGGAGGUGCCCGCCGGCUCCCGGCUCAAUCUCACGGGUCUGGGCUACUUCUCCUGUCACUCCCACACGGUGGUACAGGACUACUCCUAUUUCUUCUUUGUCAGGAUGGAUGAAAAUUACAAUCUCUUGCCACAUGGAGUCAACUUCCAAGAUGCCAUCUUUCCAGACACACAAGAAAACAGAAGGAUGUUUUCCAGCCUUUUCCAGUUUGCUAACUGUUCCCAAGGGCAGCAGCCGAUGACCUUCUCGAGUGGCUGGGAGAUCCAAGAAGACAACAGGCUCAUGUGCUCCUCAGUGCAGAAGGCCCUGUUUGAGGAAGAAGACCAUGUCAAGAAGCUGCAGCAGAAGGUGGCCACCCUGGAGAAGCGGAACAGGCAGCUCCGAGAGCGGGUGAAGAAAGUCAAGAGAUCUCUGAGGCAGGCGCGGAAGAACAGCCGCCACCUGGAGCUGGUGAACCAAAAACUCAAUGAGAAGCUGGCCGGCUCAGGGGCUCAGCAGCACAUCAACGCCCUGGGCCUGGAGCCCGCACGCGCCCCCUAUCUUCACGGGUAGCAGGUGCAGGUGGAUGUCGGCCUGGCUUACCUGUCCCUGUGGACUGAGAGAACAAACAUGGGUUCUAUACAUGCAGUUAUUUCAAACAUUAUAGGAUAUAUCCGUUAGGCAGUUGGUAGAGUCUAACUGGGUAAAGUGGCAAGUCUUGCAUUCUUUCCCAUUGGGUGCUGGCCUUACUAGCUACACAGCUUCAGACCCCAUGUGAAGUGUGCCCUCUGUCUGUCCUGGUGCCAAGCAAAUGCCUUAAAGCCUAGAGGUGAUAGGACCCCCAAGUUCUGGGCCCUCUUGGGUCUGGCCCUUAGCCUCUAGAGAGUUCCUUCAUUGGGGAAGAGAACAUUCUAGAACCUCAGUAUACACGAAGCUAUCACGGGAAUGUGAUAUUUUUAUUUCAGAAGAGAGUCAGUGUUGAGCCUUAUCAACCAGAGCUGGUACAAGCAUGCAUGCUGAAGAACCACUGUCCGAGAAGAUUCUGGAAUGUUCUACUACUCUUAUGUUUUUAGAAGCAAGGUGCCCACAUGUAAAUAUGCAGGGCACCCAUGUGUCAGUCAGUAUUUCUCCCUCACAGCUAAAGCAUAUUAAGACUUAAUGAGUCCAUCACAGAUACAGGAACUGAGCAGGGAGCUGAGGCAGCUGGUAAUUGGUAAAGAUAAAUUAUAUCAGUUUUCCAACCCCAGCUCCCCAGGGCUGACAAGAUUACCCACAGGCUGUUUUAAUCUAAAGAGUAAUUGCUUUAAUGGACACACCACGUUUCAUCACCCAUAUUUCCAAGUUGGAAUUCAGGUCAGCUUGGUGGAGGUUUAACUUUGUGUUUGCUCAGCCUGCCAUGCCUUUAAGUUCAAGGUCAGUGACCCUCAACACGGUGAGACGGCCUGCUCUGCAAAUACAUCUCCUUGCUUGGUGGGAUUCAGAAAGAGGCAUGCUCCCACACAGGCUCCUGAAGAGCUCCGUGCAGGCAGUCUAAC